AUGUUUGUGUACCUUGGCAGCCAACUCAAUGCAUUAAUCUGUCGUUUUCCCCAGGUAGUCACCUUGUGGUACAGACCUCCGGACGUCCUUCUCGGUGCCAAACUUUACACUACCUCCAUUGAUGUGUGGUCGGCAGGAUGCAUCUUUGCCGAGAUGUCCAAUGCUGGACGCCCACUUUUCCCUGGAUUCGAUGUGAAUGACCAGCUACAGCGAAUUUUCAAAUUACUUGGUACUCCAACUGAAGUGACCUGGCCAACCAUCACUGAGCUCCCGGACUACGAGCCCUUCAGCUUGAUGUAUCCCCCGGCUGCGAACUGGCAUCAUGUUGUACCAAAGCUAUCGUCACGUGGCGUUGACCUACUGCAGCAACUGGUCGUGUGUAAUCCGGCCGAUCGCAUUUCCGCUGACCAUGCACUCAGACACAUAUACUUCGAAAAUGUUACUAAUCUGUAAAGUAUUGCACUUUCUGCGCCAGCAUCGACGAAACUCGUCUAGACAUCCACCUAUCAGCUCCCUAUUCUUCAUGCAUUCUUUGUGAUCGAGCGCAAUGUCUUUCCGAACCGCUUCCUGUCCUUGUGUGUCUUCAUGUACGUCUUGCACAACGCAUAAUGACAUCGACUAUCUUGCUUUACACCGCCGCUCAUGCGCGUCUCUUUUACGAUUUGGAAAUUCGUUUAUUUCUUAUCCGUCCUUGUUCCACACUUGUGUGUUAUGUCUCCUUCCCAUUCGUUUGAACCGGAUGAUUCCUUAUGCGCUUUUCUGCGCCCUUCGCUCACCACAUUCCUUGUAUACUUAUUCCAGUCAUGAUUAUUUUUAUUGAGGCUCAUACAUCAACUGACCACUGGGAUUCUCACGGCGUCUCUGUGGGAUUUCACUUUCAGCAAUCACGUCUUCACCCAUCCCCAUUUCAGACGAUGAAUUCAUUUUUUGAUCUCGUUCAUCCCUCGUCCGCUUUCUCCCUAAUCUGCGAAAUAUUCAUCCCAUUCGCAUUUGUGGUGGAUAUUUUCCGAGUUUGACGUAUUCUACAUGCUUGUUUUCAGUGUCUCGUCGUCAGAUUACUUUAUCACAUCAGUUGAUACUAACGUGGAAAGAAAGGCAAAACGAUUCCGGAAACUCUUAAAAGCAAUCUGUCAGUGUGUCGCAUCGACAAUGUUUCGACAUUGACACAGAGAAUUCGUCAGGUUAGGUGAACUAGCACUUAAUCGGUUUGCUGUUUGACUUUAACUACAAGUGAGCUUCCAAGAAAAACGGUGUUAGUCAUAGUACGAUUACAGUUGCAUAUCAAGUACAAUUGCCGUUUUUUUUAGCGGAAGUGUUUUGCUCUUCGAUUUAUCAGCUGACGCUCAUCCGUAUUACCGGAUUACAGUUGGUUACUGCGUGUUCGCUAGCUUCACAUUGCUUGUUCUGUCAGUGCAGUCGUACUUCCUCCGUAAAUAAUUGCAACAUUAAGUGCCAUUUCCCUGUUUUUAAUUGUCAUUUUCCAAAUCACCUUUUGUGUAGUACAUGUGUUGGUAC